ACCGCCGGCCGCCUCGGGGUCUGUGGGCGCGCGCGCGGCGGCUCCCGGGGACCACGGCGGCCCGGCGCAGUGUGGCAGUGGCCAGCGGGCCGGGGGCCCCGGGCUCCGCCCACUACUGUCUGGAGCUGCUGCGGUGGCCAAGGAGGCCAGAGGGUGUCAGAUCUCCUGGAACUAAAGUUAAAGGCAGUCAUGAGUUACCUAAUGCAAGUGCUGGGAGCUGAACCCAGGUCCUCUGCAGGAGCAACAAAAGCUCUUAACCACUGAGCCAUCUCUCCAGCCCCAGAUAAGUAUAAAAUUUAAGAAAUAUCAGGCCUACUGUGAACCAAAGCCUCAUUAUUUUCAGUUGAUUUUGGUCAAUAUUUUGUGUGUAGUUUGUUUAGAGACAGGUCUCACUAUUUAGCCCUGGCAGAUCUAGAACUCUUUAUAUAAACCAUGCAGAACUCACAGAGAUCCACCUGCCUCUGCCUCCGCCUCCCAAGUGUUGGGACUAAAGCCAUGCCUGCUUUUUGGGUGUAGUUUGGAAAGUAAAGACUUACUACCAUUUUUCUUUUGUUUCUAUUUGUUGCAGGAAACGAGAUUAUGAAAGUUAUUUAUGCUCCCUACUGCUCCCUGCAGAAUGCCGAAGCUCUGUUUUUGCACUGAGGGCCUUCAAUGUGGAACUGGCUCAGGCUGUGUGUUCCUAGAAGUCAUGGGUCAUGAUCCCCACCUCCUCUGCCAUCAGACGGGAUCUGAUGUUGGAGACUGGCCUUAGACUUGCUGUGUAGCUGAGGAUGGCCUAAACUCCUGCCCUUACCUCCUCAGUGCUAUUAGCACUAUUAGUCUGCUAUUAGCACUAUUAGUCUGCUUUAUGUGAUUCUGGGAAUCGAACUCGGCUUGUUACAUGCUAAGCAGGUUAAGGACUCAGUCUCUGAGAAAACAAUUGGACUGAUGCGAAUGCAGUUCUGGAAAAAAGCUGUGGAAGAUAUAUACUGUGAUAACCCACCACAACAGCCUGUGGCCAUUGAACUCUGGAAGGCUGUCAAGAGACACAAUCUGACUAAACGAUGGCUUAUGAAAAUCAUCGAUGAAAGAGAAAAAAAUUUGGAUGAUAAAGCCUAUCAUAAUAUCCAGGAACUUGAAAACUAUGCUGAGAAUACACAGAGCUGUCUUCUGUAUUUAACAUUAGAGAUGUUGGGUGUAAAGGAUCUUCAUGCAGAUCACGUUGCAAGCCACAUUGGAAAGGCACAAGGCAUUGUCACUUGCUUGAGAGCAACGCCCUAUCACGGCAGCAGGAGGAAGGUGUUCCUUCCCAUGGAUAUUUGUGCCAUGCAUGGUGUUUCACAAGAGGACUUUAUACGGAGGAACCAAGAUAAAAAUAUGAGAGAUGUAAUCUAUGACAUUGCCAGCCAGGCACACUUGCACCUAAAGCAUGCGAGGUCCUUUCACAAAAGUGUUCCUGUGAAAGCGUUUCCUGCUUUUCUUCAGACAGUUUCUCUAGAGGACUAUUUAAAGAAAAUUCAAAGAGUAGAUUUUGAUAUAUUCCACCCAUCUUUACAGCAGAAGAAUACAUUACUUCCUUUAUCUUUGUAUAUUCAAUCAUGGAGAAAAAGAUAUUAAAAUAACUUGAUACAUUAUGAUACUGAUCUACUUUUAAUUUAUUGGUU